AUGAAGGCUAAACGUAGAAUCGACGGCGGCGGUGGCUGCGGGUUCAAAAAUGUAGUCGAAGUGGCUAAAAAAGCUAUUAAAAAAUCCAUCAAAGCGUGUUCCGGAACGUCGAACAUGAGCAAAUUAAUUAAAUCCGGUAUCGCUGCGGCUAAGAAAUACACUCGUGGAAUCAAUACCACGUGUAAACCGCCUAGAGUUAUCAAAGUACCACGGACGGGCGGUGCUCUAGCGUUAAUAAAAAGACAAAACGCGGUACCUAUAUUAAAAAAUAUCAUAAAUGCAAUUUCAAAUUUAAGUGCUGGAAUCAAUACAAGUAACGAACCAGUAAUACAAACAUUUUACAAUCUUACAAAAAUUCAUACGAAUAAAGCGGGUUAUCAAUAUAGCACAAAGGAGCACAAACGAUGCACAAAUCAUUGGCAUCAUUACAAUUAUGAAAUACGAAAGUGGGGUGCAACCAUUUCCUCAGCACCCCCUAAGAAAAACCUUUGUAUCUCGAAAAGUUUAAAAGCACAAAUGUCGGGACUUUCAGCACAAAGAAGUACAAACGAUGCACAAAAAAAGGCUCUUGGUUUUGUUUCAAAAUUCAAAAGUGGGGGUGCCAGGGAAAUGUUUCUAAAAUAAACAACCUAUCACGGACGAAGCUGUCACGGGUCGACUAGUUAUCAAUAAGGCUGUGCAAAGCAAUUAGGAUUUAUUAGACGACAUUGUAAUAAUUUCUAUAAUUUGAUAACUUUAAAAACUCUGUAUUGCUCACUUGUCGGUCAUGUCUCGGUAAUAAUUCUUCUCUCUGGUCUCCUCAUCAACUAAAUUUAAGACACGACAUAGAAACCAUACAAAAUUGAUUUUUGCGUUUUGCAUCUUUUAAUUGUAAUAUUUAUAGAGCUCCACAUUCAUCGUAUGUACAUUUACUAAAUUGUUUAAAG